CCCUAGGGCCGGCAAAUCCCAUCAAGCCCGCAGGGGGGCGCCCAGAACAUGGUGGCCGAUGAGAACUAAAACUACAUUUCCCAGCAUCCCGCGCGCCGCCGACCCACUUCCAGAGUGCGCGGAAGACAUGGCGGCGCCCGAGGAGCACGAUUCUGCGACAGAGGCGCCUCAGUCGGCGGUGCCCGAGGAGGAGGAAACUAAAACGUUUAAAGAUUUGGGUGUGACAGAUGUGUUGUGUGAAGCUUGUGACCAGUUGAGAUGGACAAAGCCCACAAAGAUCCAGAUUGAAGCUAUUCCUUUGGCCUUACAAGGUCGUGAUAUCAUCGGGCUGGCAGAAACUGGCUCUGGAAAAACAGGGGCCUUUGCUUUGCCCAUUUUGAAUGCCCUGCUGGAGACGCCCCAGCGUUUGUUUGCCUUAGUUCUCACACCCACUCGAGAGUUGGCCUUUCAGAUCUCAGAGCAGUUUGAAGCCCUGGGGUCUUCUAUUGGUGUGCAAAGUGCUGUGAUUGUAGGUGGAAUUGAUUCAAUGUCCCAAUCUCUGGCCCUGGCGAAAAAACCACACAUAAUAAUAGCAACUCCUGGUCGAUUGAUUGACCACUUGGAAAAUACAAAAGGUUUCAACUUAAGAGCUCUCAAAUACUUGGUCAUGGAUGAAGCAGACCGAAUAUUGAAUAUGGAUUUUGAGACAGAAGUUGACAAGAUCCUCAAAGUGAUUCCUCGAGAUCGGAAAACAUUUCUCUUUUCUGCCACCAUGACCAAGAAGGUGCAAAAACUUCAGCGAGCAGCCCUGAAGAAUCCUGUGAAAUGCGCUGUUUCCUCCAAAUACCAGACAGUUGAGAAAUUACAGCAAUAUUAUCUUUUUAUUCCCUCUAAAUUCAAGGAUACCUACCUGGUUUAUAUUCUAAAUGAAUUGGCUGGAAACUCCUUUAUGAUAUUCUGCAGCACCUGUAACAAUACUCAGAGAACAGCUUUGCUACUCCGAAAUCUUGGAUUCACUGCCAUCCCCCUCCAUGGACAGAUGAGUCAGAGCAAACGCCUAGGAUCCCUUAAUAAGUUUAAGGCAAAGGCUCGUUCUAUUCUUCUAGCAACUGAUGUUGCAAGCCGAGGUUUGGACAUACCUCAUGUGGAUGUAGUUGUUAACUUUGACAUUCCUACCCAUUCCAAGGAUUAUAUCCAUCGAGUAGGUCGAACUGCUCGAGCUGGGCGUUCGGGAAAGGCUAUCACCUUUGUCACACAGUAUGAUGUGGAACUCUUCCAGCGCAUAGAACACUUAAUUGGGAAGAAAUUGCCUGUGUUUCCAACACAGGAUGAUGAGGUUAUGAUGCUGACAGAACGUGUGACCGAAGCCCAGAGAUUUGCUCGCAUGGAGUUAAGGGAGCAUGGGGAAAAGAAGAAACGCACGCGGGAGGCCGCUGGGGACAACGAUGACAUGGAGGGUGCUAUGGGUGUCAGGAACAAGGUGGCUGGGGGAAAAAUGAAGAAACGGAAAGGCCGUUAAUUUCUCUUACAAAGACUCGAUUUCAGCCUUCUGUUCCCUAAAAGGGGAUUGUAGGAGAGAAUGAAACCUCCUCCGGCAGAGUUCCUCAGACCAGAAUCUGUCAGAAUGAUGUCCAGAACCUCCUCUCGGUACUUGUUCCCCCCUUCUCUAGAGCACCAUGACUGCAGCGCUGAGGUCAGCUUUGGGUCCUUGGAAAUGACCUGAGUAGGAUGUGCUCUUCUGUCACUUCACAUAGACCUUUUGCUUUUUCAGCUGAAAGUCAAGGACUAGGUUGAUGAAACGCUGGACCUGUUAUUGUAAAGGGAAGCUCCUACGUAUGUAAAAUGGUGAUACUUUAAGCAGUCUCAGCUUGUGCUUCAUUGGACCUAAUGUGGAAUAAUAAAUUUAAAUAUUAUUUUUAAAAGAU